UUAUACGUCACUUCCGUUAGGUUUGGUAACGUGUCCUUACCGGUUCCAUCGCUGUGACUUGUUAGGAAGCAGCGACAUCCCGGACAUGGCGGAGCUGGAACCCGCGGCUCUGCACAAUGAGAGCGAUGCCGCCGUCAAUGGCACGGGGAGGCUGGGGAGCUCUCCGGAGGGGACGGCGCUGGCGUACGGCAGCCUGCUGGGGAUGGCUCUACUGCCCAUCUUUUUCGGGGCGCUGAAGAGCGUCAGCUGUGCUCGGGGCAAGAACUCAUCGGACAUGCCGGAGACCAUCACCAGCCGGGAUGCCGCCAGGUUCCCCAUCAUUGCCAGCUGCACCCUCUUUGGGCUGUACCUGUUUUUUAAAAUCUUCUCCCAGGAAUAUAUUAACCUCUUACUAUCCAUCUACUUCUUUAUCCUGGGAGUCCUCGCUCUGGCGCACACUAUAAGCCCUGCCAUGAAUAGACUGUUCCCAGAAAACCUCCCCAACAAACAGUAUCAGCUGCUCUUUACGCAAGGAUCUGGGGACAGUAAAGAAGAGAUUGUAAAUUACGAGUUUGAUACCCGGGACUUGGUCUGUCUGAUUAUCAGUGGAGUGGUCGGGGUCUGGUACCUCCUGAAGAAGCACUGGAUUGCCAAUAACCUAUUCGGUUUGGCAUUUGCCCUUAAUGGGGUGGAGCUUCUGCACCUGAACAACGUCAGUACCGGCUGCAUCCUGCUGGGGGGGCUAUUCAUUUACGACAUUUUCUGGGUUUUUGGGACCAAUGUCAUGGUGACUGUGGCCAAAUCCUUUGAAGCACCGAUAAAAUUGGUUUUUCCUCAGGACUUGUUGGAGAGGGGACUUGAAGCCAACAACUUUGCUAUGUUGGGAUUGGGUGAUAUUGUCAUUCCAGGCAUCUUCAUUGCUUUGUUACUCCGUUUUGACAUCAGCUUAAAGAAGAAUUCCCACACUUACUUUUACACCAGCUUCUUGGCGUACAUCUUUGGCUUGGCCCUGACCAUAUUUGUGAUGCACACCUUCAAACAUGCUCAGCCCGCGCUCCUGUACCUGGUCCCUGCUUGUAUCGGUUUUCCUCUGCUUGUGGCUCUGGUGAAAGGAGAGAUCACGGAGAUGUUCAGCUAUGAGUCCUCUGCGGAACUUCUACCUCACACUCCACGCCUCUCUCACUUUCCGGUGGUGUCUGGAUCUCCUGCCAGCCUGGCUGAAUCCAUGCAACAAAAAUCCUGUUCCCCCCGCCGCAGGCGACAGCUCAACCCCAGCUCCAUGUGAAGGGUCCCACUCAUAUCUACAUUUGGACAGGUGCAUCCCACCUCGGCCGAUUCCCAGCCUUAACUCCCAUCCAGCAGACUCCAUGCUUAUUCAAAGAUUACUCCUUCCCCCAUCAUCUGCAUUCUCACCCACUGGGACCACCAUGGAGCGAGAUCUAGUCUUAUAGCGUAAGGCCGCAUGGCACGGAUUCUAGGAUGCCAUAUAACGAAUGGUGCUACUAAGUGUGUGUGCUCCACGUCGCACU